AUGUGGCCCUCGGGACUCGGGACUCGGAAGUCACCGUAUGUACCACACGACCACGCUCUCAGUGGGCAUAUUCUUCGAUUCUGGAACUCUGCAUCAUCCUCCCUGCCACUUCACCGCAGGGUAAAGUCAGGCACUGGCAGCGCUCGUAACUGUGGUUGUUUUGGUUGGAAUCCCCACCAAAUUACUUUGAAAUUACUGGAAGAUAAUAUGGACUGGAAGUUUAGUCCUACCCCUCUCUCGGUUGCCGGUUUCAAGUUCAAUUUGCAAAAAAAUGUUCGCGCUUGUUUUCUUGCUCGGAUUCUCCGAGCUAUCCCUUGCGGUGUACACUUUCCAUCGCAAAUCGAGAUCUACGACUCUUUCAUGCGUCUGUGGCCUUCUGUGGCUGUAGUUGAACCAUCAACUCACUCGAGUAUAUAUAUGAUGCGGCCUUCAUAUCCCUCUCAAUUCCGAUUAAAUUGGGACGGGAUAUGGGCAUUUUCACUAGUCCGCAAUCUGUCACACCAAUUCCAAAGGCGCCGCGCGCGGGCGGCCCUCUAUCAGAUGGGAUCUUCACAUUCGAAGUCCAAGGGUUUUAAGGCAUCAACAACUGUUGAAGAACCCGCGACCGUCACUACCGUCAAGAAAUCGAAGCGUCGCGACCAUCCACUUGAAUGGGAGGUGUUAUACUUGCGGCGAUGCUUGCUUUUCUAUAUUCCCGUUGAGCUGGUCGACCUGAUCAUCGAUCACGCUCAGUAUUGGCCCCGGACCUCUUCGUCAGAAUACAAGCCUGAUUUCAAUAGGCUCUCUGCCACGAACGAUUCACCCAAAAACAAUUCACAUUGGCUCUACGUACUGGUUGAUUUGGAAGAAAGGGAACGAGAGAUACAGGAAUUCCGAAAGAAGUUGUUGCCAGUGGGGACGAAGAAGUGGAAUGGCUUGAAGUUUAGCAGGAAGGAGAAAGUAUCGAGUUUUCUGCUGCCAAAGGCGAUACGGAAGGUGAAGAAGGUGGUGUUCAGGAUUUGGAGUCAUGACCAAGGAUGGGGGGCCGAACCGAAUGAACCCCAUUUGACAGGUCCUAAGAUUCUGUUAAUAAUCGUUCAAUAUGGAUCGCUGACCCCCGUCUUUACAGCUUAUGAAGGAUCCUUCACAUGGUUCGAAGCUGCGAUAUGUCCAAGCGAAGAAUUGAAGCCAGGUCGGCCUUUAUGGGAGAUAGAGUACCCUGUUUCGGCAGACGUAGCCGACCCGCUCACCCUUGCCCCAAGAAAGGCGGGUGAAUGGAAAAUUUGGCAUUUACAGAGUAAUGUUCGUGCUUCGCCGUAUGAAGCCCUGCACGAAAUUGUUUGGACAGACAGGGACGAUGAUUCCCAACCUGCUACAUCUUGGAAUCUAAAAAAGACCGGUAGUGGCGCUGGUACCGGAUUCGUGCGCUCGAUUCAACCUCGAGAUGUAAUCGCCGUGGUCGCCAGAGCGAGGUUUCCUGGUUGGGCGAAUUACGUUCGCAGAGUUGAGGUGGAGAUGUUUUACACUAUUUCUUAG